AAGGUCGAGCUUCAUUGAAAAAUAUUAUAUAAGGAGGCAAAGGGGCUCCUCUAAUUCCCAUUCCCGUUUCCACAUCUUCAUCGAUUUUUUUUCCACAUACCAUACAUUCCAUCUUUAGCUAUUUAACCUCUAUAUUUCUCAUGGCCUCCAUGGACGGCGCUACGUUUCCUGAGAGGAGGAAGAAGAAGCCACAGGAAGCAGAGCAGGAGUUGGUGUUGGACUGCUCCGUCGACUACAAGGGGAGAGUUCCCAAGAGAGCUUCUACAGGCUGCUGGAAGGCAUCGUUUUUCAUCAUAGGGAUCGAGUUCGCGGAGAGACUGAGCUACUUCGGCUUGGCCACCAAUCUCAUCAUCUACCUCACCGAGGUGCUACACCAAGACUUGGAGACUGCAGCGAAAAACGUCAACUACUGGAGCGGAGUCACCACCAUGAUGCCGCUUGUCGGCGGCUUCGUGGCCGAUGCUUAUCUGGGCCGUUUCUCCACCGUGCUACUCUCCUCCGUUAUCUACAUCGUGGGUCUGCUCGUGUUGACGAUGACUCAACUGAUCCCGGGCCUGAAGCCCUGCGAACUGGCCACCUGCCGUCGGUCGCUCCGUCUCCACGAGAUCAUCUUUUUCCUCUCCAUGUAUCUGAUCUCCGUCGGCACCGGCGGUCACAAGCCGGCGCUGGAGAGCUUCGGGGCCGACCAAUUUGACGACAACGAUGCGACGGAGCGGAGGAAGAAGAUGUCGUAUUUCAACUGGUGGAACUUCGCUCUAUGCAGCGGGCUUAUUCUGGGCGUUACCGUCAUCGUCUAUGUGGAGGACAACGUGAGUUGGUGGCUCGCCUAUGUCCUGCUAACCGCGGUCAUGACCAUCAGCAUCAUGAUCUUCGUCGCAGGCAGACACAUCUAUCGUUAUCGGGCGCCGGAGGGGAGCCCCUUCACGCCAAUGCUGCAGGUGAUAGCUGCAGCGAUGGCCAAGAGAAGGCUUGCUCUGCCUUUGGAUGCAGGGGAACUUUAUGAGGCCCCUAAAACAGAACAAACAGACAAGAGACUUCUCUACCACACCAAUAAAUUAAGAUGUCUCGAUAAAGCUGCCAUCGUUGAGCACAAAGGCGAUGAAGUCGCCUUCGCCGUGGAGAAAUCGAACCAAUGGCGUCUCGCAACAAUAACCCAAAUCGAGGAGCUCAAGCUCAUCCUCUCGGUGCUACCCAUUUGGCUAGCUGCGCUGCCCUUUGGCAUUUGCGUCGCACAAGCAAACACCUUCUUCAUCAAGCAGGGCACCAUCACGGACCGUCGUCUCGGCCAUUUCACCAUCCCUGCCGCCUCUGUCUACAGCCUUGGCGCCAUCGGUAUGCUCGUCUCUGUCACCUUCUACGACAAAAUUCUCAUCCCCUUCCUCCGACGGGCCACCGGCGAUGAGCGGGGUAUCACCAUCUUGAAGCGCAUCGGCAUCGGCAUGGCAAUUUCUGCCUCGGCCCUCGCCGCAGCCGCUCUGGUGGAGCGACGACGACUCCGACUAGUGGCCGAGGGGCAAACCAUGAGCAUCAGCUGGCUGCUACCGCAGUUCAUGAUACUGGGAAUCGGCGACGGUUUUGCGUUGGUCGGGCUGCAGGAGUACUUCUACGAUCAAGUUCCCGAUGGCAUGCGCAGUCUAGGCAUCGCCUUCUAUCUGAGCGUGCUGGGCGUGGCCAACUUUAUCAGCAGUCUUUUGAUCACGAUCGUCGAUCAUGCCACUUCAAGGAGACCAACAGGAAGUUGGUUCGCAAAAGAUCUGAACCACAGUCGUUUAGACUUAUACUAUUGGUUGGUGGCAGGUAUUACCACAGUCACCCUAUGCGGGUACGUGUAUUUGGCUAAAAGGUACUCGUACAAGAGAGUACAAGACAACGUUAGAGUCAUAGAUUCACCUGAAAUCGAUGCCUAAAGCAUUAAUAUAUAUAAUGCUAUCCUUGUAUUUGUACUUUUAAAACCCUUGAUUCGAUGUCUCCUCCAGAUUGCCUGCCGCCAAUUAAUAAAUAAGUCGUCCGAUCAAUGAUACCGUCGGCCGGCCAGGAUUGCACCAUGGACAGAAAGUUCCGCCAAGAGCCAAAUCCUACCAUCGAUAUGUUGGCGUUUCUAGCUCG